AUGGCGGAAUUAACACCUCGAGAAAGGCUUUUUGAGAUUUGUGAUUAUGGAAAGCUAAGAGGACGCGGUUUGAGGGCUUUGAUAUCAUCUAAGCCGGGUGAUAAUAUUCUUGAAUCCAUUCCUGUGGUCUUUGUUUUAAGUAACAAUGUGCGAGGGCAAUGUUGCGACAUGUGUUUUACCCAAGGGUGUGAUCUUCAACGUUGUUCGAAGUGUAAAUUUGCACGCUACUGUGAUAGACAAUGUCAAAAGAAGGAUUGGAAGGAACACAAAAUCGAAUGUGAACGAAUACUUAGAGUUUCUCCGAAUGUUCCAACUGAUCUUGUGCGUCUCAUGGCAAGAAUCAUGCAAAACAAACAUUCAGACGACGCAUUGUGCAAGUAUUUAUCUCAGCUUGUUUCCCACCACGAGCAGUUCGGAGAACUAAGGAAGGACGCUUUUACCACCAUCAUAACAGUUCUUAAGCAUUUUGUUGGAGGUAAAGAUUUCCAAAAAUUUUCAACGGCCGAGUUGUUUGAGCUUUUUGGCAAGAUAUCAUGCAACUGUUUUACUAUAUGUGAUGCUGAAUUACAGCCUCUGGGUGAGCAUAUUUUGAGAACUAAAUAUAACUACAGAACAACCAUUUAAUCCUUAAGGAAACCAGUCGUAUUGAUACAAAGACAUUUCGGUACAGGUCGUAGUAAGAUUUCCAUCUAACCCCGUACAUUUAUCGUGCAUACGUUUUUCCACUCUAUUCUUAUCAAAAUAUUUGUGACAAAAGGUAUAUGAUUGCUGCAUGCAUAAUAAAUGUAUGGGGUUAUACGGAAAUCUUACCCACCUCAUUUUGGUACAAACUCAAGCAUAAAAAUUUCGAUCAUUUCAAGUAUAGUUUGAGAGUGAACAAGAAAAACAUUUUGGGUUAAUAUUCUCCUUUUUUUAAAGGCAAGUACAUGGAACUAUUUUAUAACUCUACUGAAUACACAGAAAACAACUUUGUAUCGAAGCAACUGGUGACCAUCCGUAAUAACUAGCGCAAUAAUGAAAUAUUUUUGUCUUUCCCAUAUUGUAGUCAAAACGUUAUAAAGAAGACUGUUUACCAUCAGAAGUAUUUCCGUUAAUCCAACUGAACAGUACGUAGUGGAAAUAAGUCUGGGACGGUAAAAAGAGUGUUUGAUUCUGAUCCUCACUGCUACACUGUCAGGGUCAGAGGGACAACCAUUUAAAGCUUCACCUCCACUUUAACAUCAAUAGAUACAGUGGAAUAGAAAUACGAAAAGCAUGGAUGUCUGUGAUCAAGAGUCACAUUGACAGGAGGGUCAUAUGAUGUUAGGCUGAAGAGGGAAUAGUUUCACCAAAAUAGCAAAGUUUGAAAUGCACCAACCAUUCACUGUGGAACAUUGUGCACUUUAAGGGGUUGCAUAACCAGUCACCUGAGAAGGAAAAGCAAAGUCAAAACAUUACAAUCUACACCACAAGUUCCUGCAUUGUGAGAUAAAUUGCAUUCCUUCAAUAUUACAAUGAUUUUUUGUUAUGAUGAUGAUGAUGAUAUAUCCUGUCUUUACUGUUUGUCAAUUGAUAUGGAAUUUUGGUGAUGACAUACCACUACACAUUAUAAAACUUUCUCUGCAAUAAUUUUUCUUCAAAUGUUAAAAUAAUAGAUGCAUCAGUACAGCCAGGGAAGUGCUCUAGGGGUGCCUGGUAGAACCUGGUGCCUUCCUUUUGCUCUUGGGGGACUACAGACUGCAAAACAGUCUGUUUCUUUCUGUAAAAAUCGGUUUUUUAAGGUACAAAGCACCAGCGUUAAUAUCUUGCUUGUGCAAAGCACAUAAGGCCUCAGUAUAGAUCUUCAUUUAACUGCUCUCACUUCCUUGACCUACCCAAAAAUACUUACUAUUUUGCAGUCCAGGGUGGGUAGGAAAUGUUUGUUUUUUCAUAAAUGUCAUCACCAUCAGGGUUGGAAAUUAACAGUUGUCCAGUUGUCCCAGACAACAAAAACUAUCAGUGGGGCAACCAAUUUGUGCUGACUGGCUGCCCCUCGGACAACCCAAUCUUCUAAGUCCUAAUUCCCUAAUUAGGAACGAUUAUUGCAGCUUUUUGCCUUGGAAAGGUUCAUGAUCCUUAAAAGUUAGUUGAAAGUUAAAAAAGGCUCCAAACUCAACAUUUGGCCUGAAUGAACUUGUUGUUCUUUAACCAGAAGUUUAUGUAGUUAAACAUAGUCCAUGAUGCACUGUAGUGAGAUGUGCCCACAUGUGUAUUCCCACCAUGUUUGAUCCCUGCCUGCUAUAGCCUAUUGAUUCUUUGUGCAGCUGUAAAAAUUUACACCUUCACUUUGGAAUUCACUAAGGCAGAUAAAGCUACAGCAGAUUAGUGGCACAAGACUUAGAGAGCUCAAAGAACUGUUUCUUGUGUGUGAAAGAAAGUGCUAUGAUUUGUAGUUAUUGCUCAUGGUUUUUGAAAGAUAAAUCUGCAUUUGGAAACCUAACAGGCCUUGAUGGGGUCGAAAAACAGAUAACAAGUGAGGCACAUUUUCUAGUGAAAAACUAAAAAAACCUGUUAAUAAUUAUUGAGCUAUCUCAGUGUUUUACUUUCUUGGAUUGAACUGGGCCAAGAGGUUGACUUUGGCAACGAAAAUAUUUCAUGAGCAACCAAACCAAGUCUUGUGGUUGCCCCAGGGGCAAUAGGACAUAAAAGUAAAUUUCAAACCCUGACCCAGGACACGAUUUCACAGAGCCAGAGAUUUGCAUUCCUGUCAGCUUUUCUAAGAGCACAUCCUUGAUGCUGUUCUAGGUAGACUCAUGUGAGCCCCAGACUUUGAUAAGUAACCCCAAAUCUGUGUCAUGAUUACGCAUCAGAUACAGUAAGUGGACAGUGUAACAUCAUAAGACCUUUUUACUAAGUAUUCCAAUUGGUGUUCACCUUUCACAGGUAUUGGCAUGUAUCAAACACCUACUAUCCUCAACCACUCAUGUUAUCCAAAUUGUGUGGUAACUUUUAGUCAGACAAAACUUCUAGUCCAUGCAACAGAAGAUAUCAAGGAAGGUGAUGAACUUACCAUAAGCUACACUGAACUUCUCUGCCCAAGUUAUCAGAGAAAAGAAGAUUUAAGGAACCGUUACUAUUUUGAAUGCAGCUGUACUAAGUGUUUGUCUUCUUUGGAGGAAGAUGGACUCAUGUUAAGUUUGCAGUGUUCUGACAAAAGGUGCUGUGGAGCAGUCCCAAGAGAUUUGGCAGGUACAUUGGCAAUAUCAUUGUGCAGAAAUGAGAAAAGCUAUGUUCUUUUAAAACAGGAGGCAGGCACUCUUUUGUUGAUUAUAUUUCACAUUAGGAAAGCUCUUGCUGUGUCAGAUAAAAAGUAAGUACUCUACCCAUCUCAGUGAGUGAGUGGUGUGCUUUUGCCUCUGUCCCUGGCCAAGGGGAGUACUCACAGAAUGUUAACAUUGUGAAGCAAGAAAUACAUUUUGUGGCAAUGACAGUCAGUGUAUUUCUAUCAUUGAAGUAUUUCUAAUUUACAUAAUUUACUUAACUGUCAUUGUAUAUUACCAGAAACUCAUAAGGGGUUGAAUCGCUUAUGAGUUUCUGAUAUUACUAAAUGAGUUUUCCUGCAAAAGAGUGAAAUAAACAGUGAUUAUUGUUAAGGUGUAUUUAUAAAAUUUAUCACAGUGUAUAUUGUUUAUAUUUUUUUUUGUUCAAAUAUUAUGAAUCAUUCUUUUCUCCAGUGGGUGAGUUUUCUGCUUGUAACACAUGUGGUAAGAGCCUUUUGGACAAGACUGCUGGAACUAAGGCAGACACAAUUAUAUUAAAGAGCGAAGAAGCUUUAAAAGAUAUUAAAACCUUAGAAAAAUCAGAUGACCAGCAAGGUGUUCUUGAUAUUGCUGAGAGGAUUUUAGCAAAUCAAAGAGGAUUCUUUCACAAACUACAUUACAUCAAAGCAAGAAUACUUGAUAAAGCGAUGGAUGCAUGCAUUAAUCUGGAGAUGUGGGAAAGCGCAUUGGACUUUGGACUUCAAACAAUGAAUGCAUACAAGCUCUAUUAUCCAAUAAACCACCCAAGUGUUGGGAUUCAGCUGUUUAGGAUAGGUAGGUCAUUACCUCAGCAUACUAGGAUACUAGUAAAAAAGCCAGAUUUAGGAUAGGAAAGUGCAUGUAGUGGAGAGGGAGCUGAACUGAAGUAAAUACCAUCUGAGUCAUUACCACACAGUUCGUCUUAUCUUUUGAGGAAUGGGUUCUUUGCUCCUUAGGAGGGUACGAUACAUGGGUGGGCCUUUUUAGACCCUGUUUAAACCUUAUAAGAGGGAUUUGGUUUUCAAAAUGACAUUCAAUUUUAGAACAAUUUAUACGUUCUAUUGAAAAACGUUUCGUAACUCGUUCCUAUUGAAGAAGACUUUUUUUCUCAUUAACGCUGUCCUUUUUCCAGCGUAAAGAAACUGACGUAAGACAAGCAACACUGAAAAAAAUUCAGACUUGUACGGGAUUCAAACCCUUGACCUCUGCGAUACCGGUGCAGCGCUCUACCGAUUAAGCUAACAAGCCAACUAGGAGCAGGUCGCCUGAAUUUUUUUCAAGCUUUCUUUUCACAACUUCAUGCGUAUACAACAGCGAUAAUCUUCCCUCAAAUAAUUCUUCACUGCGCAGUUCACAUAUACCAUUUUCAUAUAUUCAUAAUUUCAUCAUCAUCCUUUCACGGGUUUAUCACGAACCAAUUCAAUGACCUGCUCCCAGUUGGCUUGUUAGAUUAAUUGGUAGAGCGCUCCACCAGUGUCCCAGGGGUCAAGGGUUCGAAUCCCGGACAAGUCUAAAUUUUUUUCAGGCUUUCUUUUCGCAGCUGCAUAACUUGUUUAUACGACUGCGAUGAUCUUCCUUCAAAUAAUUCUUCAUUCCGCAGUUCACAUAUAUGAUUUUCAUAUGUUCAUAUUUCACAAGCAACACUCUCUCACAAUUCAUUAGGGAUACAGAAACCAGAAAUGAGGAAAACUUUUAACAGUCUGAACACAAGUGAACCUCACUUUAAGGAUGAGUCUAGAAAAGGCCAUAUACCCGGUUCACACUGGGAAACUUCUAAAAGACUUGAUUACACUGUACAUCCCGGGCUACGCUUGCAAUGUUUCAUCGUCACUUUAAGUGAAAUAAGAGACCAUUUCGUGGCACAGACUGUUAGCGAGGUGUGACCAGCCGUAUUGAAGAAUUUUUUGUUUGACAGGCAAACUUCAAGUAUAUCUGGACAAACUAAAAGAUGGGUUGCAGUCGCUGUUAGAGGCAGAAGCCAUUCUUAAAACUACCUACGGUAAUCAUGCGCUGGUUCAAGAACUCCAAGAAAUGAUAACUGGAACAUUAGAAGAACUAGGCAGAGAGGAACAUAAUAACAGAUUUCAGGGAUUGGAGUUAAUCUGA